AUGGAAGCAUAUGGCGGGUACUUGGUGGAUGAGAAAUCCGUUACUGUUGAGAACGCUUUCUUGGAAUUUCUCAAAAGCUUCAGAUCUGGAAAUCGGAACGAGCUCCAUUACGAAGCGGAGAUAGAAGUGAUGAGAGACUACGAAUCCAACACUAUGUUUGUCGAUUUCGACCACGUCAUCAGAUUCAACGAUAUUCUCCAGAAAGCUAUCUCCGAUGAAUAUUUAAGAUUCGAGCCUUAUUUGAAGAACGCCUGCAAGAGGUUCGUUACGGAGCUCAAGCCAACCUUCAUAUCUGACGAUAACCCUAACAGGGACAUCAACGUUGCCUUCUACAACAUUCCAAUUGUUAAGAGGUUAAGGGAAUUGGCCACAUCAGAAAUUGGUAGGCUUGUAUCCGUGACAGGAGUGGUAACAAGGACAAGCGAAGUUCGGCCUGAGCUUCUCCAGGGGACUUUCAAAUGCCUAGAUUGUGGUGGGGUUAUAAAGAAUGUUGAACAACAAUUCAAGUAUACCGAGCCAACAAUCUGUGUAAAUGCAACCUGUAACAAUCGAAAUAGGUGGGCUCUUCUGCGCCAAGAGAGCAAAUUUGCUGAUUGGCAAAGGGUCAGAAUGCAGGAGACAUCCAAAGAGAUACCUGCAGGCUCUUUGCCCAGGUCAUUGGAUGUUAUUCUUCGUCAUGAGAUUGUGGAACAGGCCAGGGCUGGUGACACGGUGAUUUUUACUGGUACUGUAGUUGUUAUACCUGACAUAUUUGCAUUGGCAUCCCCUGGAGAGAGAUCAGAAUGCCGUCGGGAGGCUUCUCAACGCAAGGGUUCUACAGCUGGAAAUGAGGGUGUGAGCGGCCUCAGGGCUUUGGGAGUUCGAGACCUCUCCUACCGUCUAGCUUUUAUUGCCAACUCUGUUCAGAUUUGUGACGGCAGAAGAGAUGCAGACAUAAGGAAUAGAAAGAAGGAUGCAGAUGAAGAUGAUCAGCAAUUUACCGCACAGGAACUGGAUGAAAUUCAACGAAUGAGGAACACUCCAGAUUUCUUCAACAAACUAGUUGAGAGCAUUGCUCCAGCUGUUUUUGGUCAUCCGGAUAUAAAGCGAGCAAUACUUCUUAUGCUAAUGGGUGGUGUCCACAAAUUUACUCAUGAAGGCAUCAACCUCAGAGGAGACAUAAACGUUUGUGUUGUUGGAGAUCCCAGCUGUGCAAAGUCUCAAUUUCUCAAAUAUACUGCAGGCAUAGUUCCAAGAUCUGUGUAUACAUCUGGUAAAUCAUCAUCUGCUGCUGGUUUGACUGCAACUGUUGCCAAGGAACAAGAAACUGGGGAGUUUUGUAUUGAGGCUGGUGCUUUGAUGCUUGCGGAUAAUGGCAUUUGCUGCAUUGAUGAAUUUGACAAGAUGGACAUCAGAGAUCAGGUUGCAAUUCAUGAGGCCAUGGAACAGCAGACAAUUAGUAUCACAAAAGCAGGAAUACAAGCAACACUUAAUGCUCGAACUUCCAUUCUUGCGGCUGCCAACCCUGCUGGGGGACGUUAUGAUAAGACUAAACCUCUUAAGUAUAAUGUGGCCCUUCCACCAGCAAUACUUUCAAGGUUUGAUCUUGUAUAUGUUAUGAUUGAUGACCCAGAUGAGCAGACAGAUUAUCACAUAGCUCAUCAUAUCGUGAGAGUUCAUCAAAAGCGUGAAGGUGCUCUUGCUCCGGCAUUCACUACAGCAGAACUGAAGCGUUAUAUAGCUUACGCAAAAACUCUUAAACCAAAGCUCACGUCAGAUGCCAGAAAACUAUUGGUGGAAUCUUAUGUUGCUCUCCGUAGAGGUGAUACAAAUCCUGGGAGUAGGGUUGCAUAUCGUAUGACAGUUAGGCAGUUGGAGGCAUUAAUCAGGCUUUCGGAGGCCAUUGCACGGAGUCAUUUGGAAAAUCAGGUGCAACCUCGUCAUGUUCGUCUAGCAGUAAGACUGCUGAAAACAUCCAUAAUAAGUGUGGAGUCCAGCGAGAUUGAUCUGUCUGAGUUUCAAGAUGAAACCCGCGAUGACGGGGCAGGUAGUGGUGAUGUAAAUGAUAAUAAUAGAGAUGCUGACGGUCAAGUGGGAAACUCUACAGGUCAGCAAGCUGCUAGAACUAAUGAAAAUCCAGUAGAUGGAUCAAACCCCCAAGCCAAGAAACUUGUUAUAAGUGAUGAAUAUUUUCAGAAAGUUACCAGGGCCCUUAUCAUGUAUCUUAGACAGCACGAAGAGACUGUUAUGCAAAAAGGAACUGGUUUGGCUGGGAUGAGGCAACGGGAUUUGAUUGCAUGGUACGUAGACCAACAAAAUGAUAAAGGCAAUUACAGUUCCAUGGAGGAGGUUUCAGCAGAAAUUUCCAAAAUCAAAGCUAUAAUAGAGAGUUUAAUUCGAAGAGAGGGCCAUUUGAUAGUUGUAGAUGAUGGUAGGCAAGCAGCAGCAGAAGCUGCUGGUGCAGAGCAAUCAACAUCGAUAUCUAGAAAUGACCGAAUUUUAGCCGUGGCUCCUAAUUAUAUCAUUGAUUGACUGCCAAAUGAUCAAAGAAAUUGAAAU